AUGACGAUGCUCCUGGACGGAGGCCCGCAGUUCCCUGGGCUGGGAGUAGGCAGCUUCGGUGCGCCGCGCCACCACGAGAUGCCCAACCGCGAGCCUGCAGGCAUGGGAUUGAAUCCCUUCGGGGACUCAACCCACGCUGCGGCCGCCGCCGCCGCCGCCGCCGCCUUCAAGCUGAGCCCAGCCACCGCUCACGAUCUGUCUUCGGGCCAGAGCUCAGCUUUCACACCGCAGGGUUCAGGUUAUGCCAAUGCCCUGGGCCACCAUCACCAUCACCAUCACCACCAUCACGCCAGCCAGGUGCCUACCUACGGCGGCGCUGCCUCUGCCGCCUUCAACUCCACGCGCGACUUUCUGUUCCGUCAGCGCGGUUCUGGGCUCAGCGAGGCAGCCUCCGGGGGCGGGCAGCACGGGCUUUUUGCCGGCUCGGCGAGCAGUCUUCACGCUCCAACUGGUAUUCCUGAGCCUCCUAGCUACUUGCUCUUUCCCGGGCUUCAUGAGCAGGGCGCUGGGCACCCGUCGCCCACGGGGCACGUGGACAACAACCAGGUCCAUCUUGGGCUGCGUGGGGAGCUAUUUGGCCGUGCAGACCCGUAUCGCCCCGUGGCUAGCCCACGCACGGACCCCUACGCGGCCAGUGCGCAGUUCCCUAACUAUAGCCCCAUGAACAUGAACAUGGGCGUGAACGUGGCGGCCCACCACGGGCCGGGCGCCUUCUUCCGUUAUAUGAGGCAGCCCAUCAAGCAGGAGCUGUCCUGUAAGUGGAUCGAGGAGGCUCAGCUGAGCCGGCCCAAGAAGAGCUGCGACCGGACCUUCAGCACCAUGCAUGAGUUGGUUACGCAUGUCACCAUGGAGCAUGUGGGGGGCCCGGAGCAGAACAACCACGUCUGCUAUUGGGAGGAAUGUCCCCGCGAAGGCAAGUCCUUCAAGGCGAAGUACAAACUGGUCAACCAUAUCCGAGUGCACACUGGCGAGAAGCCCUUCCCAUGUCCCUUCCCGGGCUGCGGGAAGAUUUUUGCCCGUUCUGAGAACCUCAAGAUCCACAAGAGGACCCACACAGGUAAGGGUCCCAUGUGAAGGGAAUCCGAAGGCUGUGACAGACGGUUUGCCAACAGCAGCGACCGCAAGAAGCACAUGCAUGUGCACACCUCGGACAAGCCCUAUAUCUGUAAAGUGUGCGACAAGUCCUACACACAUCCGAGCUCACUGCGCAAACACAUGAAGGUUCAUGAAUCUCAAGGGUCAGAUUCUUCCCCUGCUGCCAGUUCAGGCUAUGAAUCCUCCACUCCACCCGCUAUAGCUUCUGCAAACAGUAAAGAUACCACUAAAACCCCUUCUGCAGUUCAAACUAGCACCAGCCACAACCCUGGACUUCCUCCCAAUUUUAACGAAUGGUACGUCUGA